AUGCAUUUAUGGGUUUAAUAAUAUGUUAAUAAAUCUUCUCUCUGUGGUUCCAGUAAGACAUCAAGAACUAAAUUGUUCCUACACACUAUACACAUCUGCCAGGAAUUAGGCUUCGAUGCAUAGAAUACUCAGAGUGACCUACUGCUAGUAAGUAGUAAGCUUGAACUUACUAAAUCUAUUGAGAUAAAAUACUGCGAGCUCAAAAUUAAGAAUUAAGAGAAUUUUCUGGAACGUUAUCAAAAUUUGUUGCAAUAAUUCAAACCAAAGCUAAAUUCCAAAUUAAAAGCUCUUGUGAUAGAUCAUGACUAAGCACAGGUGCUGAGGGGACACCUGGCUCAUACUCCACACAAGAGACUUAUGAUAUUAUCUUUAGAUGAGUACUUGGGAAAAUGGUCUUCCACAAGUUGA